AUGAGCAGUAAACGUUCCAGUAGCUUCCGUCGAGCCAUCGCUAACGGACGGCGCACGCUGCAGAGGGAGAUCCUUCUGGACGAGACGGGGCUGGGCCUGUACAAGCGCUUCGUACGGUAUGUGGCCUACGAGAUCCUGCCCUGUGAGACCGACCGGCGCUGGUACUUCCACCAGAACCGCCUGUGCCCUCCGCCCGUCUUCAUCGCCGUGGUCACCAUCGUGCAGAUUAUCGUGUUCAUGUGCUACGGCAUCAUGUUGAACAAGUGGGUUCUGCAGACGUACCAGCCGGACUUCAUGAAGAGCCCGCUGGUGUAUCACCCGGGGCACCGCGCACAAGUGUGGCGCUUCUUCAGCUACAUGUUCAUGCACGUGGGUUUGGAGCAGCUGGGCUUCAAUGCGCUGCUGCAGCUGAUGAUCGGCGUCCCGUUGGAGAUGGUCCACGGCAUCUUACGGAUCAGCCUGCUCUACAUGGCUGGAGUGCUGGCCGGCUCGCUGACCGUGUCCAUCACCGACAUGCGGGCUCCCGUGGUGGGGGGCUCUGGGGGGGUCUACGCACUCUGCUCGGCCCACCUUGCCAACGUCGUCAUGAACUGGGCCGGGAUGCGCUGUCCAUACAAGCUGCUCCGCAUGAUCCUGGCGCUGGUCUGCAUGAGCUCGGAGGUGGGCCGUGCCGUGUGGCUGCGCUUCUCGCCGCCGCUGCCCUCGUCCGGCCCGCAGCCCAGCUUCAUGGCGCACCUGUCGGGGGCCGUGGUGGGCAUCAGCAUGGGCCUCCUGAUCCUGCGCAGCUACGAGGAGAGCCUCCAGAAGCAGUGCUCCUGGUGGGUCAUCAUCUUCUCCUUCAUCACCUUCCUGCUCUUCGCCAUCUUCUGGAACAUCUUCGCCUACGAGCUGCUGGGCGUCCAGAUCCCCCCGCCCCCCUGA